AUGGGUUGGUUUUGGGCAGAUGCCGCGCCCGCAGCGCCCGGAGCACGCAUGGCGCCACAUCCAAUGCCAAAGGGGAAGAUGGAGCCUCCCCCAGAAUGCCCGAUGCACAAGAAACCCACAGCACCUGUUAUCGCCGAGAAGACGCCCCAGGGCGCCUGUCCCUACGUACCGCCUGAAAAUGGCUCCAAGGACGCAUCAGAGCCUCCACCAAGAACCGGCCUCCUUGCCCGACUGAAUCCUCUAAACAACAUGUUUUCCGAACUCUCCAACGAGCGUGCGGAAAAACAAUCGCAAAACCUCCCCCUCGAGCGCGAAACUUCGACGAUACCCAAGGGCGAUGGCUCGCUAUGGGAGUACCCCUCCCCCCAGCAAAUGUACAACGCCAUGCUGCGCAAAGGCUAUACCGACACCGACAUUACCGCAGUAGAAAGCAUGGUUGGCGUGCACAACUUCCUCAACGAGGGCGCUUGGGCAGAAAUCAUGGGCUGGGAGCGCCGCUUUUCCCGCGGUCUCGUAGAAGGCUACAAGAUCUGCAAGAAGGGUGAGGACGUCGCAAACUUCAUGCUCGGCACAGACGAGAACCCCUUCGACACCACAACCUGGGACGACAAGGACAUCCCACCUCCCAAACUCCUCCGCUUUACAGGCCGCCCCACGGAGCCAACGCCGAAAUCGCAGAUCCUGCAAUGGCUUGGUCGCGCAUUCCCUGACCAGUACGGUACCGCGCCGCCAUUUGACCGCCACGACUGGUUCGUUGAGCGAUGCAAUGAAAAGGGGUGCAGGGAGAUUCGCUAUGUGAUUGACUACUAUGAGGGACCCGAGGAGCCAACGGGCGAGCCUGUAUUCUUCCUUGAUGUCAGGCCAGCGGUUGAUGGGCCAACGAGUGCAGCGGAACGACUGAUCAGGAGCGGAACAGAUGUCUGGUGGCGGGCGAGUGGAGGUGUAGCAAGAGAGUUGAAGAAGUUGGAGGCCGCCAAGAAGAAGCAGGAAGAGGAGGCGGCCGCGAGGGGGAGGCAGUACAAUUAAAUGGAGGAAUAUGGGUAUAGAUCUGGGAUGAUGGCAUUCAUGGCGUUUCUUAGGAUGAUGUGUGUAUGAUUGGGUCCUUGUACGAGAUCGGUUUCCUUCCCGUGUUGCGGUCUAUGCAUUUCUCUACUCUUCAUCAUUUCGUUUCUUGUAUGUUGUACUUCUCAAGCGAUUCUGUAUCUAUAGGACUAUAGUGGGUAUAAUACAGACUCCUUCAUCCUUCUCG